UCAAUCCGGAAAGUGGCGAAGUGAAGUCAGUGCAAAUAUCGUGCUACACAACAAUGGCCACGUCGGGUACGCCGAGCUUUGCUUUCGUGAAAUACCACGACGGUGCCAAGGCAAUAGUGCAUAUUUCACUGAUAAAGAAGUAUGCCCCUACGUCGGUGAACGAACUGUGCAAGAAAAAAUUGGUGUAUUGGUGCGACACUGGACUGCUGUCGGACCACAACGAUGAGGACUAUUACCUCGCGGACAUUGUGGAGCUUGGUGUAACAAAGGCAGACCUCAUACAACGGUUGACAAAGCGGAAGAUAUCCGUGCCAGAAUUUAUUUUUGAUGGAGACUCAUCUGCAACAAGUGGUUUGGCGACGAACUCGCAGGUUCCUUCAGCGAAAAAGGCCGCCCGCAAUGUGCAAGCCGCAAAACGCCGCAACGUGGCGAGGUUAAUGUCCGAUGAUCAGGGCACGAGUUCUGAUGAUGGUGAAGAUGAUGUUGUUCCAAAAAAAUUGCUCUUGGCAGAGCAGCAAAAAAAUGCAGCCCUGUGUCGGAAGCUGGCAGCACUCCGAAAAGAAAAAGAUGAGCUGCAAGCACGUCACGACCGCCUGGAGGACCACUUUCUCAACAAACUGGAUUCCUGGUUCACAGCAACUUGCCAACGUUGUUGCAAGGAAAACAGUGUGCCUUGCCCGAAUGCCACACCUCCAAAUGUUGGUGCAGAUGACAGUGGAGCAGCAGUACUUGCUUCCCAAAGCUCAGAGGAGUCUGACGUUGCAGUGCCAGGGGCCUCUAUUAUGCUGCAACCUGCAAAUCCACCAUCGCAGGCCGUGUGCAAUCAAGAGUCUGACGUUGCAGUGCCAGGGGCCUCUAUUAUGCGGCAACCUGCAAAUCCACCAUCGCAGGCCGUGCGCAAUCAAGAGUCUGACGUUGCAGUGCCAGGGGCCUCUAUUAUGCUGCAACCUGCAAAUCCACCAUCGCAGGCCGUGUGCAAUCAAGAGUCCGACAUUGCACUGCCGGCAGUUUUUGCUGAGGUUAAUGGCAAGGUACACCUAGGAAAUGGUGUGUUCGUUGACAAGGAGAGGUGGGACCUACUCCAGGUUCGUGGCCGGGACUCCCUGUUCUGCAAAGAACUGGCGAAACUGGUGUGGGGAGUCCCGGCACUCAGGGGUAGGAGCGUCACUGGGGCUCUUUGUCGCCGCUUUCUUAAGGAGACCAAUGCUGUGGAAAAGCCGGCUUCAAGCCCCCAUAAAUUGCAAGCUGUAGGCAACGCAUUCGAUGCAUACCUUAGAAGAUGUGCCCCUGAGGAAGAGAAGAAGUUGCGGCGCUCCAAAAUGAAUAGAUACCUGGCAGACAUGCUGAGGGAACUAAAAUAAGCAUGCAAUAGUGUACACAUACAGGGUGUUUCAGCGAACACUUUAAAAAAAAUCACAGCAUAUCCACGGGGUGAAUGAUGAUGAGUGGGCGAAGCUCCGGAGGGAAUC